UGUUAAAAUGUGAUGGUAUCCAUAAGCAAUGUCUUGUUUUCAAUGACGUCCUUCAGCCAUUUUUCGCGGAAUCUGGUUUUUCCCGGAACAUGAACAGUCUGACUGGCUUCCACCUGAAAUGUGACUAUCACAGGCAUGGUGUGCGGUUUGAUUUUGGAGAUAGUGAUGGUGAAGUAAACAGACGCUGUGUUCUUAGGUAUAGGGCACCGGCGGGUCGGGAUGCUCCACAGUGCUCUAUAGAGGAACUGGUUCUCAAACUCCAGUUCAGUUUCCUGCAGGAACUUGACACUGAACAACCAUAUCGGGUCCACCUCCCAGUAAUUGUACAGGAACACGGAACCAUGAAGCCUAACAUUUGGAAUGUAAAAGAAAUUCUGAAUAUCCCUAUGAACUCUGUGGGUGCAAAACCAGCUAAAGGAGGCGCCACGGCCGGUGACUACUCGAGCCUGUCUGACUCUCAGUUUCUGUUUGGAUCUCAAAACUGGCCUGAAAAUUCUCAAAGCUUUUCGCAGGAGUUAUGUGGACAGUCCAGAAGCUCCCAGCAGGCCUCACAGGAGAUAAAUGAAACAAAGGUGUCAUCCAAGUAUCAGUCCAAGCCUAUGCUGUUUGGUGACAGCAAAGUAACCAACAUUUCGGGUGGUAGAGCCAUGGGUAUAUUAGACAGGUUUGAAGAGGAGAAGAGAAAAGCCAAAGAGAUUGAAAUUCUCAUUGGAGUCAGACAGUUGCAUGAAAGUCUGGAAAAUAUCCAAAAGACUUUUCUAAACUGUAUUGAUGGAAGUUGUGAUAUAACCAGAGCAGCUGUGGCUGAAGGAAUUGGAACUUUUAGAAAAACAAUUCAGGAUAAUUUUGCCACAAUUAAGGAGAGCAUAGCAAAUCAGACUGAACUGAUGAAGAGCCAGACCUGUAGAGAGAUGAAGGACAAUGAAGAAAAGACAUCAUUAGCUCUAAAAGAAUUGAGCUCACUUGUUCUCAACCUCCAGCGGGAUUUGGAUUCACUGAAAUUGGAACAGAGCAAGGAACAGAGUGUGCUUGGAGAGAUUCUGUCUCUGCUUAGCACAGUAAUGACUGCUCGCUCUGCUGGAACUCAACCUGGCCCUGUCCAGAUGAUUGACAAUACUGUUCAGACAUCACCUAGUUUGGUAACACAGUUCUGUGUGGUUUCAGAAGAAAAGCGUUAUUAUGAAGGCAGUAAAGCCUUUAAUUUUUCUGGGGAAAAAGUAGACCUGAGUAUUUGUCCUGUUACACACACAUCUCCAGAGAAGCUUAGCAGAGGAGCACCUUUCCGGGUCAUAGGUACUCAACCUUUUCAGAUGAAGCGGGACAUAGCAACUGAGAGAUGUGACCCUAAUGGCUGGAAGAAGUCUUACCGUCUGCACCCAGUUACAGUCAAUUCUCCAAACCCUGUUGCUACUUUCACUGACCCUGCUCAUAUACAGGAUCCUAAGAAGGAUUACAUGUUUGGACACCCUGUGCAUAUAGAGCGAGUAAAUUCUUUGAAUGAUAUGACUAAGAACAAUUCAGCAGCCUGGAUCGAGGUGCCCAGAGAGAAAAAAAUAGCAAAGAGAGCACAGAGAUGUCAGACCUUCAGGAAAAAGAAGAGAGCCCUGAUUCUGCCACAGAGGCGGCCUGAUCAAGGAAAGGUUUUGAAUAAUGUGUUUGAGGAAAGUCAGCAUGAUGAAGACCAAGAGAACAGGGUGCCAAAUUUGGUGGUCAAUGGCUAUAGAAAAGCAAUCAGAAAGUCAGUUGUUUCAGGGAAACAUGUACCACUACAGCAGCCAAGCACAACCAGGUUGUCGAAUACCAAUGAAUGUGUACAGAACCUGGAUCCUUGUUCAUUGUCCCAGAGCAGUAACAGCUCACAGAUGAUUGUGGAAUACCAGCAAGCUGAAUGGGAGACAGUAAAUCCUGAGCAAAAAGCCAAUACCAUAAAGACACAGAGAGUUACCUGGCAGCUCUUUGAUUUCAUCAGUGACUCUGAUUAAUUCAGUGUGUGUUAAAUGGGAUAUUUUAAGACACCAAGCAAAAAAUAUUGACUAUGACCUUCACUAGGUCUUAAAGGAUGGUUUGGUUGAUUUUCUAUAUAACUGGCUUUGUUUUAGUCUUUGUAGCUCUACAGUACAGUAAAUUUCUUUGCUGCCUUGUGGGCACACAGUCAUGCUAUUAUUGCCUUACAUAAUAGCAAAAUUGUGCAUUUUUUCUAUGUGAUUGUUAAAAAAAAGGUUAUUGCUGUUCUGAAUUUCAUAAUUCUCACAUGAUUUUCUAAAUAUUUGUUCGAGAACUGUUCUUUAUAUUUGUAUUGUUUUGUAUUGUUAUAGUACAAACAUGACUAUAGUAAUAUAUUUGUAAUGCAGCUGGAGAGCUCAUCCAUAUAGCAUGCUUAUAUUUAAUGCAACCAAAGAACACUUUAAUAGAGCUUGCUAAUAUUAAAAAAAUACACCUUAAUGUUAGCUUCAUGAAACAGGAGUAAGUGAUGGGAGCUUCUCUGUAAUCUAUUAUACUUUUGUAAUAAAACAGUUCUAAAAAAUCUAUUAAGUUCUAUUUGAAAAUGCAGUUCAAAUGAAACAAUCAGUCUAAAUCAGCGCUAAUCACUAAUAUUGCAACAAUAUCUUUCAUCUGUAUGCAGUUCAGACUUAAGUGAAUAAAACACAGUCUAUAUUCA